GGUUGACUCAUUUAAAGAUUUUUUUUGCAGCGCGUGCUUGUCCGGUGGAUCAGGUGGGCAGCUUUAAAUGAUUUCCUGCAGCACCAGCAAUUUCCUGUGAUCUCAACCAACAUGGCUGCGCCCUGCGCCGUUGGUGUGGCUGAAGAAGGAGAUGAUUCUGAAAUCUUGCAGAAUUCUGUGAAAGCACCUGAAAACGAAUCCAAGAGGCCGCAGUUCGGGACUCGUUUCUUGAAGGACCCGCGCCAGGUUUUUCAACAUAAUGCCUGGGAUAAUGUUGAAUGGACUGAGGCACAGGAGGUGGCUGCCCGGCAGAAGGUUCUAGAGAACAGCCAACCUCUUCCCUUAGAGAAGCAAGAAGAAUAUGAUAGCCGGGCUAACGAGUACUGGAACGACUUCUACAAGAUACACGAGAAUCGCUUCUUCAAAGACCGCCACUGGCUCUUCACUGAGUUCCCUGAACUGGCACCAAACUGCAGGCACCACCCAAGCGCACAGACAGAGGCGGCUGCUGAGCAGGAGCCGAACUGCAGACAGCACCUGGGCUCGCAGUCAGGGGGCGCUGACGAGGACACUCUGGGUGCUAGCAGUGACGUUACCCCUCUAGCCGAAACCGAAGCCUCACCUAUUGCCAAUGGAGACUUCCCUGGGUCUUCGUCCACGUACCGUAUUUUGGAGGUUGGCUGUGGCGUGGGAAACACAGUUUUUCCCAUUCUAAAGACGAACAAUGAUCCUGGCCUGUUUGUGUACUGCUGUGACUUCUCCCGCACUGCAGUGGAGUUGGUGAAGUCCAACGCGGAAUACGACCCCGCCCGCUGUUUGGCCUUCGUGCACGACCUGAGUGAGGAGACGGCCUCCUUCCCCGUCCCACAGGGCAGUCUGGACGUCAUCGUGCUCAUCUUCGUGCUGUCUGCCCUCCACCCGGACAAGAUGCAGGCAUCCAUCAGAAAGCUCGCUCAGCUACUGAAACCUGGAGGAGUUCUGCUGCUCAGAGACUACGGUCGCUAUGACAUGGCCCAGCUCCGCUUCAAAAAAGGAAGGUGUUUGUCAGAAAACUUCUACGUCAGAGGGGAUGGCACCCGUGUCUUCUUCUUCACCCAAGACGAGCUGCAUGAGAUGUUCACCCAGGCUGGGCUGGAGAAGGUGCAGAAUCUGGUGGACCGCCGUUUGCAGGUGAACCGGGGAAAGCAGCUGACCAUGUACCGCGUCUGGAUCCAGUGCAAGUACCGCAAAGCCUGAACGGAAUGGCCCGGAAACACUGGAGCCAAACCGAGAGACACCGACUGCUCGGUCAACCAGACCUGAAGGGAAAACCGUGGCUCGAGGGAACGGUGGGGGAUGCCUCAGCAGCACAAUGGAACUGAAGUGUUUCUGAGACUUUGGGGUUAAAGACCAGAACAUGGUCAUGAUGGUUAAAGAAGACUGCUAUGUGAUAUGAGGUCAUUGCUGGCCCCAGGCGAGCAGUUGGACUCACGGCACACAUCUGUGCUUGAAGGGUCUGUAUGGUUAAAAUACAGUCAGGUUAAGUAAACUCACAGGCACGUGACUGUUAGACUGUUAGACAUUUCAGAUGUUUUAUCCUGACCCAAGUGAGGUCACCAGUGGCCAAUCAAAAGUGUUGUUUUAAAACGAUGACUUUGUACCUUCUGAAUAAAGAUAAAGAAACAUAAAACCAGA